AUGCAGUCAGACAAAAUGAUACAGGCUAUACGUCACCGGUUCAACUCAUCCGACCUUGAACUUGUUGGUGUUCACGUGAGACAACGGGACAAAUAUUCCAACCCUGUCACCCUGGAGGCUCCCGUCUCAUUCUUCAACAACGCCUUCGCCAAAAUGAGGUCACUUCUGGGCGGGAGUAAAGCCUUGUUUGUCGUCGCGGGAAACAAUCUCACCUGGUGCAGGGACAACCUCAAAGGUCCUGACAUUGUUGUUCUUGACGACGCAAAGGCGGAAGUCCACUUCGCGGUCUUGGCCAGUUGCCAACAUGGCGUCGUGUCCAUCGGAACAUUCGGUUGGUGGUCGGCGUGGUUGAGCGGAGGUCACGUGAUCUACUACGUCAGGUUUCCUAUCCCAGAGUCCACAGAGGCUGUCGGUUUCGUUGCUGAGGAUUACUAUCCAACACACUGGAUACCAGUGGAUCAUUAG